AUGCCUGCGCCUACUGCUCUUCUCGAGCCUGCCAACAUCCAGCACGACAGUACAGCCAUGAGCUUGCACAGCGAUGAUCUCAUACUCGACGUCACCGCCACCCUCCCACUGCAUACUGCUGCUGCUGCUGCUGAGCCGCACGCCAAUGCCGGGUCCAACUUCCUGCCUGCCGCAGAACGGCACGACAAUCUGGUCAGACACGUCGGUAUGCGGAGAAUUUACACCACCCCGCAUCGAUUCUGUCCGAUCAGGCGGCAGUGGCCCAGGACAUGUGCGCCGCUUUGCGAACACCAGGUUUGCAUGGAUGGUGCGGCAAAGACUAUUGAGCUCCGGACCCAUCGUUUCACUAGAGCGGCCGAUGCUCUACAGAAGGGCAACCGUGCCCUUGUCCACGGGUUCGACGUCACCAAUCCCGUUGUUUUGUUGCGAUUAGAUGACCUGUAA